AUGGCGGCUCCUGCCCUGUCCUGGUGUCUGUGCCUCCUUGUCCUCUGGCCCCCGGCCAUCCCUCGGGCAUCUACAUCGGUGAACGAUGCUUCCAAGCUCACGUGCUUCUAUAACUCGAGAGCCAAUAUAUCCUGUGCCUGGAGCCGGGAUGGGGGACUGCAGGUCACGACGUGCCACAUCCAUGCCCAGCCGGAUAAAAGGCAGUGGAACGAAUCCUGUGAGCUGCUCCCAGUGAAGCCGGGAUCCUGGGCAUGUAACCUCAUCCUGGGACCCCCAGAUUCUCAGAAACUGACCAUAGUUGACGUCAUCAACUUGACCGUGAUGUGCCGCGAAGGGGAGAGGUGGAGGAGGAUGAUGACCCAGAAUUUCAAGCCCUUUGACAACAUUCGUCUGAUGUCCCCCCACUCCCUCCAAGUCGUCCACAUAGAGACCCGCAGAUGCAACAUAACCUGGAAUGUCUCCCAGUUCUCCCACUACAUUCAAAGCAAUGUGGAGUUUGAGGCCCGGACAAGGUCCCCGGGCCACAGCUGGGAGGACACCCCGCUGCUGACCCUCAGGCAGAACCAGCAAUGGAUCUCCCUGGAGACGCUGGCUCCAGACACGCUGUAUGAGCUUCAGGUGCGGGCCAGGCCCCAGCUAGGCAACCAUGAGGCCUGGAGCCCCUGGAGCCAGCCUCUGGUCUUCAGGACGAGGCCUGCAGCAACCAGGAAGAAGACCCUGCCCCUCCCUUCGAUGGGCCACAUCGUGUUGGGCCUCUGCUGCACUUUUGGUUUCGCCGUCUUGGUUUACUUGCUGACCAGCUUUCGGUACAACGGGCUGUGGCUGAAGAAGGUUCUGAAGUGUCACAUCCCAGACCCCUCGGAGUUCUUUUCCCAGCUGAGCUCCGAGCAUGGAGGAGAUUUCCAGAAGUGGCUCUCCUCGCCCUUCCCCUCAUCCUCCUUCAGCCCCAGCGGCCCAGUGCCCGAGAUCUCCCCACUGGAGGUGCUGGACAGGGACGCCAAGGCCACGCAGCUGCUCCUUCUGCAGCAUCAGGACAAGGGCUCGUCAUCCUCAACCGAGACCAGCGGCCACUCGGUGACCAGCUGCUUCACCAACCAGGGCUACUUCUUCUUCCACCUCCCAGACGCGCUGGAGAUCGAGGCCUGCCAGGUGUACUUCGCCUACGACCCCUUCACGGAGGAGCCCGAUGAGGGUGGGCCCAGGGUGCCAGAGGGGGCUCUCCUCCCACCCCUGCCACCUCCGCCAGGGGAGGAAGACGCCUACUGCACCUUCCCCUCUGGGGACGACCUGCUGCUCUUCUCCCCCAGUCUCCUCGGUGGCCCAGGCCCCCCGAACACUGCCCUGGGGGGCAUUGGGGCUGGUGAAGAGAGGCUGCCCCCCACCCCGCAGGAGGGAGUCCCUGGAGGCUGGGCCCCCCAGCCCCUGGCGCCUCCCACCCAGGAACCCCCUGACCUGGUGGAUUUGCAGUCACCCCCGGAGCAUGCGCUGGGAGAAGCAGGAGAGGAGGUGCCUGUCCCCAGCCCGAGGGAGGGGGCCGGCUUCCCCUGGGCCAGCUCUCCUGGGCAAGGCCAAGUCCGGGCCCCCACCUGCUGCCUGACCCUGAACACUGAUGCCUACCUGUCCCUCCAAGAGCUCCAGGAUCAGGACCCGGCUCACACAGUGUAG